CGAAUUCAUAGGCUAUCAUGGCUCUCAACAUGUAUUAUCCUAGUUAUUGGGAUAGUAUCAACUACAAAUGCGGCAAUUGGUAGAAUGGUUAAAGAUGGCGAUGUUAUUAUCGGCGGCCUAUUUCCUGUCCAUAUUGAAAAUCAGCUUUCGCAUACGUUAUGUAAUGAAACAACCGAAAAAGGCGCAAUAUGGGUAAAAGCAAUGAUGUAUGCUAUUGAUAGUAUUAAUAAUAAUACAGAGUUAUUGCCUACUGUUACAUUAGGCUACGAUAUUCGUGAUACAUGCCAUAAUUUACAGCGUGCUAUUAAAGCUUCGAUGGACUAUGUUGUUGAUCCGGAUUUAGACAUUUCGGUUGCAUCGUACUUAAAUAGUUCUGAUGGCACGCUCCUAUCACAAGUCGCUGCUGUUGUCGGUGCAUCAAGUUCACAUAUUUCUAUGGCGGUAGUUGAUAUAUUGCGCGUAUACUGUUUACCAGUCAUAAGUUAUUCAUCCACUAGUCGAUUAUUGAGUAAUAAAAUACGUUAUAGUUCGUUUUUAAGGACAGUACCAUCGGAUGUUCAACAAGCUCGGGCUAUCGCUCAAUUAAUUCGCUACUUUAAUUGGACUUAUGUGUCGACCAUUGCUGUUGAUACAGCUUAUGGCCGCCAGGGUAUACAAUUAUUUCAUGAAGCAGCUGCUGCCUUAGGCAUUUGUACAUCACCAGUGAGCGAAAUAUUUUCAGCGUCUAAUCCAAAAUCCGAAUUACCACGAAUUAUCCAAAAAUUGAAGCAGCAAAGUAAUGCAACUGUAAUCGUUUUUUAUAGCGAUGAAUAUAACGCCAUGUUAUUACUCAAUGAAGCUGAUAAACAAAAUUUAGUUGGACGAACGUGGAUUGCAAGCGAGUCAUGGGGUGAUUCUAGUUAUAUUACAAGAAUGCCACCGGGUGUUAUUGGCGGUAUGCUAGGGGUAGUACCUCAAACUACUAGUAUGGACUAUUUUAAAAAUUAUCUUAAACAAUUCGCACCGCCUAAUCCGAUCGCAGAUCCGUGGUUUUAUCAGUACCUUUACGAUCGAUAUAACACUAAAAUUGAAUCUAAUGGCGAUAAACUAAAUCGUAACGAAUUGAUCAAGUUUGAAGUUGAUGAUUUACCGAUGGGUAAAUCACAAAACGUUAUCAACGCAGUCUAUGCAAUUGCACAUGGAUUAGAUAAAUUAUUACGGCAUGAUGGCAAUCAACAUUUACAACAACCAAUUGAUCCAAGUCGAUUAUUGGCUUUUAUUAAUAAUCAAACAUUUAUAGAUCAAGCUAAAAAUGUUGUUCAAUUUGAUGAUCAUGGUGAUCCAGUGCCUAACUUUGUCGUUGUUAAUUUACAACCUGAUCGUCAGCCAUUUGGUCGUAUGAAAUAUAAAAUUGUUGGUCACUGGCAAUUAGUUAAUAAUAAAUCUUCAGAGAUGGAAUUAGUGAUGAAAGAUGAUGAUAUUAUUUGGAAUGGAUGGACACAUAAUCUACCGAUAUCGACUUGUAGCGAACAAUGUAGUCCUGGUCAAGAAGUUGUAUAUUUAACUUGGAAAUCAAGUUGUUGUUGGCGAUGCCGAAGAUGUUCAACUGGUUUUAUUAGUAAUACAACAGAUGCAACAAGUUGCCAGAAAUGCCAAUUAGGUUUUAAAACAAAUCUAAAUCGAACAAAGUGUUUGCAAUUGCCUAUUGAAUUCCUUAAUUGGAAUAAUGCCGUUGCCAUAACUAUCAUCACACUUGCUAAUGUUGGGAUAGCUAUUAAUUUUUUAUUUCUUGGUAUUUUAAUUUGGAAUCGAAAUCAUAAAGUGAUUCAAGCUACUAGUAAAGGCUAUCUUUUCGUUGUGUGGAUUCUGGUUAACGCUGGUUUUUUGCUAUGCUACUUAUACAUUGGUGAACCGACUGAUGUUCUUUGCACUAUUCAACCCAUCUAUUUUGGACUCAACUAUACCAUUGUUUUAUUAGUUAUUACGUUGAGAGAGAUGACAUUAAUGUUUAAAGGUUAUCAAGAAGAAAAAAUUGCUAGUACUUACCUUAUUCGGUACUUUCAGUCAUGGGGAUUUCGUUAUUUUUUCUCAUUUGCAAUAUUAUGUGGCCAAGUCACUAUCUUAGGCAUUUGGAUGUUUACGUCCCCUCAAACGUCUGUGAAAAAUUAUAAACAUUCUGAUCGCAUCUUAUCUGGAUGUUCACGUGAAUUUGAUUCUUCUUUUCCAGCAACCACAAGUAUCGUCUACGUUAUUAUGAUAUGUUUAUUCACCACUUAUAUCAGUUUUAAAGUACGCCACUUACCAUAUUGUAAUUAUGAGGGCAAAUACAUUAACUUUUGCUUACUAUGUAUUUUAUUAGGCUGGAUCGCCUUUAUACCGUCUUAUUUAGCUACUGCGGGUAUUGGCCACGUUAGUUUAAUCUGUUUUUCAGUUAUUAUUAAUUCGAAUUGUGUGCAAUGGUUUAUAAUAUAUCCUUCAGUUUAUCAGAUUGUUAUUAGGCCU